AUGAUUCAAUUAGAGAGAGACUGCUGCGGUCAGGCUGCGAAUGGCAAGGCCGCUUAUAUCCGCCGUCUCGCGCUGACUCGCCUGUGUCGCAGCGCUGAUCAAUUUCCCGGCCCUUGCAGCCGCAGAAAAACCGACAAAGACGCGAUUCGUUACCUGGCAACACACGACAACUCGUUUAUCCGCUACUUCGAGGGACACGAGGGCACAGUCACCAACCUCGCGUUGCACCCUGGUGCCGACAACUUCAUUUCCUGCAGCGUUGACAACACGGUGCGGAUAUGGAACAUUGGAACGAAGCAAUGGACGGGGAAGCUCUUUCUCAACACGCCGUACCUCUCGGCUUGGGAUCCGUCGGGCAAUGUUUUUGCCGUGGCGUCACCCGGAAGCGGGAGCAUCCUGCUCUACGACUACCGCAACUACGAAAAGGCGCCGUUUUCCGUGUUUGACGUCCUAAAGGCCCGCGGGCCUGCCGACACAGAGGCCAGCUUCAGAGGCUGGACGAAGCUCGAGUUCUCCAACGACGGGAAGCACAUUCUCUUAGGGUCGCGUGGCAACGGUCAUUUCCUGCUAGACUCCUUCGACGGCAGUCUGAAGGCAUACUUGAAGAAGCCGGGCGCUAGCACGAGGCGACUGGGUGUGGGGGAAAUGGAAGGAGGUAAUAUGGAGAGUAGCGGCGAAUGCUGCUUCGCCCCAGACGGCCGCUACGUGAUUAGCGGCGGAAAGUCAGAUCUCCUCGUAUGGGACACGCUGAUGACGCCUGGAAGCGACAAGGUCCUCGAGCCAGCGCAUGUUCUGGAGGAGAAACGGGAGGCGGCUGUAGUGGCGUACAACCCCCGGUACAACAUGAUUGCCUCGGCGGAUCAAGACCUCAUGUUUUGGUUGCCUGACCCUACUGCGUAA